AUGAGGCGUUGACCAUUGACCACACCAUGGAAAUGGAAUCGCCGUGGAAUCCGACGUGCCCUCGCCACGUGGCGCCACCGCUUCCAGCAACGCCGCGCGUGUCGCUCAUCCGCUGCUGCAUCCUCCUCGCCUCCUGCAUCUCCGUCAUGCCGCCGGACGACGCCGGGAAUAGGGCGGUGGUGGAACGCCAAGGCCCGCACCUGCGGGCGUCGGGGCGGCCCUUCAUUGUCCACGGCUUCAACACCUACUGGCUCAUGUACUUCGCCGCCGACCCCGCCACGCGCCCCACGGUCACAGCCGCCCUCGCCGAGGCCGCCGGCGCGGGGCUCAACGUGUGCCGGACCUGGGCCUUCAACGACGGGGGAUACCGCGCGCUGCAGCUGAAGCCCUUCUCCUACGACGAGGAGGGUCUUCCAGGUGAGCGCGGGCUCCUUGCGAUGUUUACGGCACUUGUUUGA